AUGAGUCGGAUAUCUUCUCCGACUUUGUCAAACGUUCAAGUUCUCAUCUUGCUCAGUCUUGCGGAUGAGCUGCACGCUUGGGAUGCUCGAGGUGCGGAAAGUAUGGCUUGGAGACGGAUUGGAACGGGUUUACGUAUGGCUUUAGAGCUGGGUCUACAUCGUGCUGUAUCCUCAAAAGUCGUUCCUAGACCUCAACGACAUCGUCGUCAACGUGUAUGGGGUGCAUGUGUCUUUGCGGACCGAUGGCUCUCACUCAGACUUGGCCAACCACACACUAUCAAUCUCGCCGAUGCUGAUGCUCCACCACCAUUCCCAUAUCCUGAUCAUAUUGACCCCGCUCAAUCCUCCACGGUCGUCCCAUCUUUCCAACUGUUCUGCGAGUUAACUCGGCUAAGCGAAUUCCUAGGCAAAGCUUGUAAUUUGGUCUGUACCCCAUCUUGGCUUGAAAGAGCAGACGACGUAUCUCUUCUGUUAUGGCAAAAUAAUUUCGAAACGUGGUUAGAAGCUUUACCAACUAAUUGGCGAUACGAUCUUCGUUGUCUCACUGAAGCUUCUCAAGUCCUCAAUGCUCUUGUUGUCACUGUCAUGUUCACAUUUUAUCAAUCGUUGAUUUGGCCGAUUAGACCAAUACCCUCUCAUAUAACCUUUCGACCACCUCAGCGUCGAAAACAAGAUCUCAUCCGACGUUCUCAAGAGGUCAUAAUCUGGGCAGAAGGAUCAGGUCAAUUUUAUAUUGAUACUUUGUCUUUUAUACCUUACGCCGUAGGUGAGUAA